AUGGAAACAGUCUACAACGCCGCCAAUGCUGCCAGCAAGGCCCUCUUCGGCGAAAACACAAACCCAAAUUCCCAAAACCCCAACCAAAGCCAGAACCGAAACCCAAACUCAGUGACCACGGACACGAGCGACUACGACCGUCCCUCCGCCUCAGAGACAAAUCCCUUCCGCCAAAGUGGAACCGACACUGACAGUAACAACCCAUUCCGCUCCGCAACAGGCUCCACAACAAAGCCAUUCGACUCUACAAACACUUCCGGGUUCGGCUCACAACACACCGCCACCUCCGGCAGUGGCGGCCAUGAAGUGCUAAAUAAGCCAUAUGACUCUGGCGUUGGGUCUCUUGAGAAAUCAGCCGCGAGAACCUACGACCAACCCUCAGGAAAUGAUUUCGAUCAGCCAUCCACUGCCGGUGUGUUCGCAGAGCACUCAAGCAACUACGGAAACAACCCGGCUAGUAGCUUUGACAAGCCCACGACCACCACCAGCACCUUCCGGAAGACGUCAAUUGGUGACCUUAACAAGGAUGGUGUGCGGCACGAAACCAGCGAUCUGGACAAGGAGAGGAUGGGGGUUCACUCUAGUAAUCCUACCAUCAGCAGUAUCAAUGAUCACAGCAACACUUUCUCUUCAGAUCACAACAAACCUGUCACAAGUCGUUUCUCAGAAGACACAAACACCUCGCAUACCAGCACCAGCACCGGGACUGGGACUGGCGUCCUAGGAGGAGUUGGUGCAUCUCACGAGCACCACGCACCGACCAACAGAGACUUCUCGCAGACUUCGACGACCGACCACUCUAGUCUUUCCCGCGACUCAACCACCACCAACACCCCUCACCACCAAUCUGGAGCACCCGCACAGGGCUCUAACAUUCAAUCCCUCGUUGAUCCCAACCCCACCACCUCUACCUCUGGAAUCUCGUCCACCUCCAAGCCAACAUCUACCAACAGCCCUGCCGCCACCGCCGGUUCCGCAACCCACGGCGCCGCCAACAGCGGCCUCGAAACCGCAAAUGCAGCGCCAAAAUCUGUCACUGGUGCCGCCGGCAGUGGGCCCGGCGCAGCCGUGGAACCAAGCGUAGGAGCCCACCCAGGGCACGCACAGCAACAGACACCAAAGCAGCAGGGUGCCGACAGACCACUCGAGGAGCCUUCCAACACCUCCUCCACUUCUACGUCUAAGAAGGAUACCGGAGCGCCGGAACCUUUGGGUUCGGGGGCACAACAUGAGGAGCAGAGUCAAGGUACCGGUGAGAAGUAUGAGAAGUCUACUGGUGUCGCGGCGGAAGGCGGUGAUUUUGAUGCCAGCCGACCGGGCGCUGGGAGGGAAGCUGAUCGUCUUCUCGAUGAGAAGGGUAUUCACCAUGGAAAGGAGACGAAGCCAGAUACCUCCGAUAUUACUGCUGGCGCAGGACAUAGCAAGCUCCUGCCUGGACAUAAGAGCCACGCGGAUACACCGAAGGAUCAUCAUCAUGAUAACCAGACUACGUCGCCGCCCUCAGACAGCGGAUCAUCGGGUCAUAAGGGAUUGGCAGAGAAGAUUAAGGAGAAACUUCAUAUUCAUCACUAA